AAUGUACAUACCUACUUGCAAAGCUAUGCACUAAAAAAUUAUUGAGACAGUAGAUUAAAAAACCGUAGUGUCAUUUUCUAAAUUUUUCAGUUAGGUUUUAAUUAAAAUUUUCUGUAUUUAUUUUAAGGCCUAGAAAUUUUCUUUUGUAAUUUUUACAUCAUGGGGAAAUACAAAAUGCCAACAGUGCAACAAUUUUUAGCAAAAAAGACUAUCACUAUUGGACCCAAACAUGAACCGGUAUGGAUAUAUUUGGAGAGAGAAAUGCGUGAAAAUCUGCUUAAAAAACCAUACAAUGAGAAGGUGGGAAAAUGGUUGCGGUUUUUAAGGGAUCUAAAGCAUUAUUUCCAUUGUGAAGCUAAAAGAGAGGAAAGAAGAUUACAAACUGAAGUAGGCCCGCCUUGGUAUUUCGAACUGUCGAGCAGCCAAAGAGAAGUUUUAAGCCACUUGAAAGAAAAUAUUCAUCAAGAUUUACUAGAGGAUCUACCUUCACGGAUUCGAAAAUCUCUUUCGGAUUUAGGAGUAACAAUGAAAAUUCCAAAAGCUUUACUGAUGAAGGCGAUGGAUGAGUCUGUUAAUGACCCUGGAGUAUUCAUUUGGAAUUUGUACACCUAUUGUUUUAAAAAGCCACCUAGUGAAUUGAGAUCUUCAUACGACAUAAAUGCGAUGAUUUUAAUGUCCAGUCUUGUGUUCAUCGAUCUAGAAGAGUGUGUACAAAGAUUAGAAAAAUUAACUUAUACAGAAAAAACUCCAUCUUCCGAAAAGCCUAAAAAGAAAAAUAAGUAUUAUGAACCAGACAUGCGUUACGGAGAAUACUUGCAGAAAAUGCAUGUGCCAUUAUAUAGUACGCAUUCUUCAGGAAAGAAAAAAUCAAAAGCCCAACCUAUGGGAUACAAGUUCCGACUACGAAGUAACGAAAGCUAUGAGAAACUAUGCAAGGAUCACACAUUUCUGGAAAAAAGGUUGGAAAGGAACAAAAAAGCAAAACAAACCGAAAGAGUGUGUAAUUAUAAGUUCUGGGAACCACCGAGUACAUUGCGAAAUACGGAUCCAAAAAUGGUGGCAUACGUCAACAAAUUGAAAAUGUUCAAGAAAAAAGCAAAAGCGAAACAUAAAUCUCAAUUUGAGAACGUGCAGUACCUCGUGACUGGAGUAUCUUUCACAGGCGGAACUCCACGAUAUAUUUUAGCAAAUGUAGCCAUGCUUCCUACUGGUUAUAUACCGAUAAAUGGAGGGAUCAUUAUUCUUAACGGGACUGCUAUUACUGUUAUAAAUGGCUUUUGGAAGUAUCCCAGAGAAGUGAUAGAAAAAUGCGACAACACAUGCGACUGCCUUACGAAAUGGGAAAGUUCAGUGAUGGAGUAUUUAAAAAAAUCCAAGUGCAAAUGUGGUCAUCUCUAUGAUUUAUAUAAUGAAGGGAAAACUAAAGAGAAAUAUUUUCAUCAGCCAACUAGACACGGCAAGUUAUGGUUUGAUCACGCCAAAAUUUAUCAGAUGGAUCCUUGGGAAGAUUUUAUCAAAGAUACUGUUAGAGAAGCGAUGAUGUCUGGUGAACCAACGCCGGAACCAUCCAAGUCCACUAUAUCUCCUAUUGGAAUGAAAGAAAAGGAUUUACUAGCGGCACUCUUAGCUGACUUAUCAGACACACCUUUACUGAUUCCACAUUUACCUAAGGCGAACUUACUAAACAACCUUCAGGAAUGGGUCAGAAAAAAAGUAAAGGGUAAAAUUUUACCAAAACAGCAUAAGAAGUUAAUUCUGCAGUCACAGAGGCGGUGGUUAGAUCUGAAACAUAUGGAUUUCAAAGCAUCAGCCUAUAAAAUUCCUUUUAGUUUAAAAGAAUUGCAGCAUUUCAACUGGUCCCACCGAAAAAUGGUUCAAACUUUGUUUGAAGUAAUGCUGAAUGAUUUCGUGACAAGGAACCAGAGGAAACAAUUCAUACAAACUCGCUUAUGGUGGUCCACUAUGAAAUACGAUCCAUAUCCUAGCAAGGCAUUUUUGGACAUAUAUUUCACUUACAUGCCGGGAAGAAUAAAAGACACUUUCAUUGUAAAUCCUUAUAGCUCAGAACUCACUCCUAAAUAUGGAGCCAAAACGUGUCCAUUGUAAAAGUUUUUGUGAUCCACGUUGUUAUUAAGUUUACUGUUUUGUGAUUUCUUAACUUUAAAAGUUUGUAUAAAAAAGCAAUUUAAAAUAUUUUUUUAAACAAAUAAAUUAUUUUGCACUAACCUUUCUU